AUGGGUUGUGGAACGGGUCAAAGUACAAUUUUACUUGCUUCAUAUUUUCAACGAAUAAUCGGUUAUGAUAUUAGUGAAUAUCAAAUAAACAAAGCAAAUGAAAUUAAUGCGCAUCCAAAUAUUAAUUAUAAAUUUCUUGUCGACAAUGACAUUCCACAUGAAGAUUCAUCAUUAACAUUAAUUAUAUCAGGUCAAGCAGCCCACUGGCUUGAUCUUCCUCAUUUUUAUAAUGAAGUUAAACGAACUCUUAAAAUCAAUGGUGUACUUGCUUUCUUUGGUUAUGCAUUUGUGCAAAUAUGUGGGCGAAAAUCAGAACAACUCAAUGAAAUUAUAGCGAAUUUUUAUAAAAAUACACUUGAUGGAUAUGUUCAAAAGGAAAGUAAAGAAGCUUAUUUUGGUCGAUAUCGAGACGAAAAAUUUCAAAUUCCACUUUCAUCAACUGAUUUUAUUCGAGAUGACAGUGUCGUAAUCGAAUGUAAAUGGUCAAUCCGAAGAUUAUUAGGUUAUAUGGCAUCAUGGUCGGGGUUUCAAAAUUUUCUAAAACAACAUCGUGAAAGUACAGCUUUGGAUGAUCUUCGAUUGCAAAUAUUGAAAUGCCUUGAUGUAUUUGAUGAUGAAUAUGAACUUGAUCUUUCAUUUGAUACAUAUAUUUUAAUGAAUCGAAAAAUUGAAUAA